AUGGCUACCGUCGACAGCAUCCUGCAGGGCGUCAAUGUCCUGGGGACCGUCAAGGAGGAGCACAAGAAGAUCCUGACGCCCCAGGCCCUCGCUUUCCUGGCCCUGCUGCACCGCUCCUUCAAUGGCACCCGGAAGGCCCUGCUUGAGCGCCGCAAGAUCCGCCAGGCAGAGCUCGACAAGGGCAAUCUGCCCGACUUCCUCCCAGAGACCAGGCACAUCCGCGAGAACCCCACGUGGAAGGGCGCCCCGCCCGCCCCCGGCCUCGUCGACCGUCGUGUCGAGAUCACCGGCCCCACAGACCGCAAGAUGGUCGUCAAUGCUCUGAACUCGGACGUCUGGACGUACAUGGCCGACUUUGAAGACUCUAGCGCUCCUACUUGGGAGAAUAUGAUCAAUGGACAAGUGAACUUGUACGACGCUGUGCGGAGGCAGGUGGACUUCAAGCAGGGACCGAAGGAGUACAAGCUGCGGACGGACAAGACGCUCCCUACGCUGAUUGUGCGCCCGCGAGGCUGGCACCUGGAGGAGAAGCACGUCACAGUCGACGGCGAGCCCAUCUCCGGCUCGCUGUUCGACUUCGGCCUGUACUUCUUCCACAACGCGCACGAGGCCGUCCGCCGCGGCUUCGGGCCGUACUUCUACCUACCCAAGAUGGAGUCGCACCUCGAGGCGCGCCUGUGGAACGACGCCUUCAACCUGGGCCAGGACUACAUCGGCAUGGCGCGGGGCACGAUCCGCGGCACCGUGCUGAUCGAGACGAUCCUGGCGGCCUUCGAGAUGGACGAGAUCAUCUACGAGCUGCGCGACCACUCGUCCGGCCUCAACUGCGGCCGCUGGGACUACAUCUUCAGCGUCAUCAAGAAGUUCCGCCAGAACUCCAACUUCGUGCUGCCCGACCGCAGCGCCGUCACCAUGACCGUCCCCUUCAUGGACGCCUACGUCAAGCUGCUCAUCCAGACCUGCCACAAGCGCGGCGUCCACGCCAUGGGCGGCAUGGCGGCCCAGAUCCCCAUCAAGGACGACAAGGCCGCCAACGACAAGGCCAUGGACGGCGUCCGCGCCGACAAGCUCCGUGAGGCCAAGGCCGGCCACGACGGCACCUGGGUUGCUCACCCGGCCCUGGCAGCCAUUGCCUCGGACAUCUUCAACAAGCACAUGCCCACGCCGAACCAGCUGUUCGUGCGCCGCGAGGAGGUCAAGAUCGGCGCCAACGACCUGCUCAACAUGAACGUCCCCGGCAAGAUCACCGAGGAGGGCAUCCGCAAGAACCUGAACAUCGGCCUCGGCUACAUGGAGGCCUGGAUCAGGGGCAUCGGCUGCGUGCCCAUCAACUAUCUGAUGGAGGACGCCGCGACCGCCGAGGUGUCGCGGAGCCAGCUCUGGCAGUGGACGCGCCACGGCGUGACCACCGCCGAGGGCAAGAAGGUCGACAAGGGCUACGCGCUCAAGCUGCUCAAGGAGCAGGCCGACCAGCUGGCGGCCAAGGCCCCCAAGGGCAACAAGUUCCACCUCGCCGCGCAGUACUUUGCCGGCCAGGUCACGGGCGAGGACUACGCCGACUUCCUUACUACGCUUCUGUACGACGAGAUCACGGCUGUGGGAAGCGCUUCCCCUGCCUCGAAGCUGUGA